UGAAAGUCACAGCUUCCUCCCGACGACAAUGGAAAUCAGAUUGCUACUGUCCUGAAUAUUAAUUGAACUAGCUAUGUAAAGAGUCUGGAAGCUAGCUCAUAAAGAGGACGGACAAUUCACUGUCGAAACAUAUCCUUGCUUGAACAGUGAAGCAGCUUCCAGGAGGCCAUGGGGGGGUUGGGUAAUGGUCGUCGAGGGGGGCGGACUCCUCCUCUUAUGAUUGGUGCUCUGAUCGCUUGUGUCCUCGUCCUGGGUUUCAACUACUGGGUGUCGAACUCACGGAACUUGGAGUUACAGACAAAGCUGUACGAGUUGGAAGCGCAGAUGCGUCGGGCGGCGUCGGAGCGUGGCGCGGUGGAGGUGAAGAAGAACGAGUUCCAGGAAGAGAUUCAGCGGCUGAAAGAGGAGAGCAGCCGCAUGCAGAGCCUGAACAAGAGGCUGGAGGGAGUCCACAACACCUGUAGCCAGGAAAAGGCAAGCCAGCAGAUAAAUAUAUCCUCCAGUACCAAAACAAUACAGGACCUGAAAAGUCAGUUAAAUGUGCUAAAUGAGGACCUGGGUAAAGUUCAGAAAGAGUUCCAGAGUUGCCAAGGCAAUCUGAACACCCUGAACAAAAAACUCACCUAUGACAUGACUCAGUGUAACACUCAGAUACUAGCACAGAGGGAGGACUGUGCUGAAAAGGUGGCUGCAGCCAAGCAGGAAGUUCAAAAGAAACUGGAGAUGAAGAACCCAGCAGUCUCCUCCCAGACAAAUGCAGCUUCCACACAGAAAAUUGGCUCCACUGAGGUGGGCGUGUCAGAUAAAGAGGGGCCUGGGAAGGCAGGACUGGACGACACGAAGACUACUCCUGUCCACGGCCACGCCCCUGAACCAUCAGUGGCCAAAGGUCCUGCAGCGGACCUCAAAGCCUCAGAGCUGGAGACCAAUGAGAUCGCAGUAGACAAAGCUCUCGACGCUCCUGCACUAUCCCCGCAAGAGUCCUUGCCCUCCACUGAUGCUAAUGGGGACCAACCAGGGCCUGUAGAGGAGGCCGAGGGGGCUAGUAAGCCCCAGAAAAAUAACCUGACGACUGAGGACACGGAGCUGGAGGUGAUGGACACACACGGAGGAGAGCUUCAGAUAGAGGAUGCCGACCCUGGUGCUGAUGACAUUCAGCUUAGCCAGUGGAAGGAAGAGGAGGCUCCUAUUGGUCAGGAGAAGGUGGAGGAUCCUGAGGAGGACCCGGACAAACGGAACCAGAUGGCUGAGAACAUAGAUAAGGAGGCUGAACGGGAAAUGCAGGAGGAGCUGGCGGACUACAACGGAGACGAUGAGAAUGAGGGAGAGUUUGAGGCUGACAAACAGGCAGAGCUAGCUCAGUUCUGAGGUGGUUGGAGAAAGAUGGGAGCUAAGACCCUCCUCCUUUCACAAUCCACUACAGAACCAGGAAGGGACUGCAGCUCCUCAACAGAACUGUUGUCAAGACUACCGUCUGUGCAAAACACUCUUCAGCUCUUCCGGUGAAAGCAUCUCACAGUUUGCCUUAAUAUACUCAAGUCUUCUGCAGUGAAUGUAUAUUUUGUCGGGAAAACAGACUUUGGAUCUCAGAACUGCUAUAACCAUGAAGGAAGUGUGUGAAAUGAUAGUUUGUGUGAUAACAACCCAGAUCAUGCUGUUAGAGAAAUGUACUCUGAUUACUCAUCUAAUCAGCGAUUCUGAUUCACUCUUUAGUCUUGAUAGUGACGUAAUGUGCAGUUAGUUACAUUUAGCAUCUCUUACCGUAGUUUCAUAAACCAAUAGAAAAUGAGUUAUGUCAUGCUGUGUGACAAUGUGAACUUGGACACUUGAAUAAGGUUUUUGUUUUAUCAUUUGAAAUUCAACCCUGCAUAGUCAAAACUUUUGUAACUUGUUGGUAAAAGUGGCCUCUGUGCAUCCUUGGUGUACCAGGCAGACCCACUACUGUAAAUGUUUCAGAUACAAAUGUUUUUUUUAUAUAGCAGACUCAAAUGGAAAUGAUGGUUAUUGAGAACAUUUAGCAUGUGGAUAGGUUUGAUUUUAUGCAAUGGAAACUUCUUCUAUUAUUUAGAUUGUUACAAUGGAUGUGUUGCUUACUGAACUGUUAAAUAAUCUGAUUUUAUUGAGGAAAUGUAGGACAGAAGGAUGACAAAAUAAAUCAUUUUAAUACCAUA